AUCCCCUCGUUUCCUCCCAACCCUCCCCCUUUCCCGGUCCGCCGUUAUCGCAGGAGAAAAUGAAACUUAACUCUGCCGCCUGCCAGCCAGACACCCAGCCCGCACCCGCGCCGCGAUUGCUUCGCCUAGCGCGCCUGGCCAGCUCCAGCCCUAAAACCGGAAUAACCACCACCUGGAUCUGCUCCCUCAGAGGAUCUCCUUGCGAUCCGUCCAACCAUGCAGGGAACAGAGGAAGAAUUCCAGUUUUUGUUAUGUGAGAGGUGCCGGAGAGAAGCCAAGAACCCCAAGCUCCUGGCCUGCCUUCACACUCUCUGUACGGAAUGCCUCGAAGAGAACAAGCCCAUCGACCAUUGUCCUGUCUGCAGGAUUUCCAUCCAGCGUGCUGGCAGGGCUGUCUUUCAGGACAACCUGCUCUUUGCGAACCUGCAGACCAAGCUGAACACUUACCGGAAAAUUGCCAGUGAGAGGGACUUGGUGUGCGAUCGCUGCAAAGACGGAGCAGAGUUUUGGUGCUCCGAGUGCUCUGAGUUCCUUUGUGUGAAAUGUUACGAUGCCCACCAAUGGUACUUGAAGCAGAAGAGCCACGAGGCCCAAAAAUUGGCGGAUCUGAAGAAUGAUACCGCCCAGAACUUCUUGGAGGCAUCAAGGAAGUCCAGCAAUCUCUUCUGUUCUGAGCACACCCAGGUUAUAAGCAUCUAUUGCCGCGGGUGCUGUAAACCUCUCUGCUGCUCUUGUGCCCUGCUUGAUGGCGAACACUAUAAUGCCAGGCUUUAUUGCAAUAUCCGUGUGGAAAUUGAAAACAGAAAGGAGGAACUGGGAAAGAUCAAAGUGGAGCUUGGGGAGAAGAAGAGGAGCUAUGAGAAGACCUACAGCACCGUCCAUGAAAGGCUGCAGCAGCUGGAGAAGAUGCGCAGUGAAACUCGAGAGGAGAUCCAGGAGAAGGUGGAGGAGAUGGUCCAGUGGAUACGACAGAAAGGGGAAGAGCUCUUGGGGAAAGUGGACAGCCAGCUCCACCAGGAGCGCGAAGAUUUCGAGAAGAAACUGCAGUGUGCAGAGAGAAUAGUCAAGAGGUUGGAGUCCAGUGAACAGUUGGUUGAGAAGAUGAAUCUCUUUGCUUCGGACCAAGAGGUGAUGGACAUGCACCCCUUCAUCAAGGAGUCCCUGGAUGAGCUCAGGAAGGAGAAACUGCCUGCUGUGGGUUGCCGGGUCCAGAUGGAGAACUUUGCAGAGGUCAAAGAUGAACUCCAAGCUCUGUUUAAGAGAGUGAAAGGACCCAAAGAUGCUGUUGGCCGCCCGACUUCUGUUAAUCGGUCGUCUCCUGCUCUGGUGGUCAAUUCGGAAGUUCUGCAUGAUGAGAAAAGCCAGCUAAGGCCUCAGGGGAUGCAGGUGCCCACACCCACAUACACCCUCAACCUUGCCAAGACACCACAUGGAUUUGCCACGUCGAUCACCUCUCCAGUAAAACGACAGAUGAACCAGACAGAGAAGUCCAUACAGGCUUCUCCCAAGGUGUUGAAGCUUGAGGACCUUGACAGUGAUGCUGGGGAGACCUCCAGGAGGCACACUCAGGACAUUGUGGCGAGCUCUCGGCACCUUCCCGCCCAUCACUCGACCCCGGAGAGAGAGCAGAGAGGAGCCGUCAACUCUGUUGACCUCAUGGAGAACUCACCUCCUGAUAUUUGUGAAUCAGAGGUCACCAGUAUCCUGAUCAGCAGCUCUGAGGACACUGAAGAUGACAUGAUGUGACUGUUUACCUCUACUGGAAGGUACCCAAAGGUCUCAGCUGGUGUCGGCAAUGAGAGGGCGGAGGUGCCUUUUCCACAGCCAAGCUUGAAAUCCUAGUUAUGACAUUGCUUACCGCCGCAUCUCUGCCAGCAUCCUCCCUGCCUCCUUCCCGUUUGCCGGUUCUCCACUCGGCGGAGUGUUCUCUCUCUCAACGUCUUUGCGCAUGAGGUUUAUCUGGACCAGUCAUAGACAUGCAGGAUUGUGUUCAGCUGUGCAUAGCCUGUUGCUAAGCUUACCCGGUCUUCAUUGCUGGCUGGGUAGGACAAGUGCCUUUUGGGGAUGCUGCUGCACUGCCUUAUGGGUCCUGAGCAUGUGCCAAGAGCAUCAGCAGCACCAGUGGAUGCUGUAGACCCACGGAUCAGAGAAGAUGGUCUUUUGAACAAAAACGUCUAUUUCCCUGGUCGGAAACUAGUUUUACCAUAAGCCCGGUCUGAUCAGAAUACGCAGAGCAGCAGCUAGCCACGCGGCAGGGAGGAUACCAUAACUGGCUCAUUGUAUAUCUGCAUUGCCUCUAUAUGAACAGGUGGCCAAGGCACCACCUAUCAAUUUUCCCAAAUGGCUUCUCCACACUCCUUUUGGUUGGCAAGGGCUGGUGGCAGUCUUCAACCGACUGAGAUUUGUCCUGAGUUGUCCCUUUUUAUUAUGUUAGGAACCUUGUGAGGAAUUAUUCUUGGAAGACAUUUUUAAAAGUGAAAGCCAACCAUUUGCUACUCCUGACCCCCUCCCACUCAUUUUGAUCUUUUGCUUUCUUCCAUCAUAUAGGCAGGUGCAUCCAGGAGGCUAGAAACAAUGAAGCAGUGGUUGGUAAGGCAGAAGCUUACGUUUGCUUUAGAAAAUUGAGAAUGUCAAAAGGGCAUUGUGGAUCAGAGAAAAGGCUCAUCUGAUCCAGCAUGCUGUUUUCCAAAGUGGCCAGCCGGAUGCUUUUGGGAAGCCCGCAAGCAGGGCAUGGGAACAAUAGCCCCAUCUGAAUUCUAGCAUGUCAUUAAGUUGUUGUGGAAUUCACUUGCCACAAGAUGUGAUGGCCACUGCCUUAGAUGGCUUGAAAAGAGGGUUAGACAAUUCAUUUCAUUACAUUUCUGAAUUGCUUCCCAUGAAACAUGCUGAAGUAAUUAACAGUAAGAACAUCAAUAACACAUACGCAAUACCAGAUACAGACUGGGUACCCAGCAUUCUUUGUCCACUAGCGCAAAGGCUCUUGCACUAGCGGAUGGAUGAGCUUUAAUGUUGUGGAACAGAGGAACAGAGGAAUCCAAUGUAACAUGUGCGCUAGCGGAAACUCGUUGUGCAACAGAUUGUGCAAUCCUUUGCGCAGCAAAGUUACCAGCAGCCUGCUUAUGCAUUCUGUUGCGCAACAAGGUUCUGCUGGCACAAAACAUUUCGACAACAAAACAGGUAUAUUGUUGGGUGACUUGACACUGGUUACAACCUGAGAUAAAAGAAUCUCCACUUAAAAAGACUUGUUGAAAAUGAAAGGUGCCAAAAAGACAAUAGAUGUGGUGCCUGUCUGAUAUGUAACAAGAGGGCGUUCCAAUGGGUAGGAGCUGCCACACUAAAGGCCUGAUUCUCACGUUGUAUGAAACAAACCUGAUGAGAUGGUAAUGGCAAGAGGCACUCUCCUUCACAGCCCAAUGUUUGGUUUGGUAUGUAAUGGAGGAGAUGAUCACUUAAUGGAGAAGGAGGAUGGGUCCGUUGGGAGUAAAGCACCAACACAUGUUACAAGUGACCUGAACUCAUGGAGGGGGUAAUAGACAGAAAGGCAAUCUAUUCUUCCCUCUGCUGAUUCCUCCUCUAAAAUGCUUGUUGUUUUUGCAGGCUUUUGCUCCUCUCCCUCUUCUUCCUGUUCUUUGUUCUCAAUUAAUAAUGGCUCCCUGAGUACAAGGCACUCAGCUUCUUCAGUAUGCAUGAUUUUAUCUCUUUGUAGUUAUAAACCUUAAGUUUUGUAGAUUCUUUCAGCUACUAGUUUUAACAGACCAGUUAUUUCUGCACUCCACUGCAAUAUCCAUCCACCCACCCAUCCACCCACCCAUCCAACCUAUCUAACCUAACCUAACCACCAAAAACUCUUACAGGGUCAUCAUUGGUCUUUAGUCAUGAUGGCUAUAUGGACCUCCAGAGUUAGGAGCAGUAUGCCUGUGAGUACCAAUUACUGGGGAAAACAUUGGAAGGUGAGGGCUGUUUUUUUCAUACCCUGCUUGUGGGCUUCCCAGAGGCAUCUGGCUGGCCACUGUGGGAAACAGGAUAUUGGACUGGAUGGACUUUUGGCCUGAGCUCUUCUGAGGUUUUCAAUUUUCUAAGGCAGUUUAUUUGCAGGUGUGUUCCAUAACAUGUCAUUGACACAACAGUAGCACAUUAGUGGUGGGUUUAUUCUGGAUCAUCAUCAUUCCAUUUUAUUAGUUUUUCUGCGACACCCCUCCAGUGUUAAAGCAUUAUUGCUGUCUGGAAGGGCCCUCUUACAUUACAGUACACCCACACACGCCCAAACACUUGUGCUAUGAAAUGUUACAGGAUUUCAGCAGGAAGCUGUGGGGCUAGCUGAAAAUGAAGCAGUGUGACUGCCCUAAAGCUUUUUGCAGGUGCAAACAGUAUUGAACAGUACCAUCAUGAACACAAACAUCAUGAAUGCACAAUAAAGAAAUGAUCUCUGGAGAGACCGUAAGGCAAAUCUGAGCUUAGGUUUCAGUGGAUGGUAUUCAGUGCUACUCCUCCUCAGAGUAGACCCACACAUUGAAGUUAACAGACAUGACUAACUUGGGUUCAUUACUUUCAGUAUAUCUACUCUGAGUAAAAAACUGAGGCUGCAAGCCAAUACAUGUCUACUCAGAAGUAAGCUCCAUUGGGUUCAUUGGGACUUACUCCAUGUAAGUGUGUUGGAUUGCGGCCUUAAGUCGACUACCACCCAGUCUAAUCAACCGCCGGUCGAUCUGUAUCCUGUCUUGCACGCUGUUAAAAGAUGUACCUACAUAUAUGAUUUCUUGGUUAUAUACCAUUUUUGUAGAUUGCUUUCUACUUCUUCAAGGGGAAUUUAAGAAAUCAUCCAAUUGCAUCUGAAUUAAUUAAAAAAAUAAAAAUGUGUGAAAUCAUAUCACAGCACUGAGUCUGGCAAACCAACUGCACUUUUAAAAAUUUAUUUACUCUAUUUAUAGACUGCCUUUCAGCCAUUACGGUUAGCAUGGUGGCUUAUGGUAAGAACCACUUAAUUAAAAUGAAGUCUAAAAAAUAAAGCUUAACAAACCAACAGCCAAAAAGUCUUUCAACACCACAGUGGAAGCACACAAAAAGUAAUCCCCCCGUGUCAGAACAACCAAAACAGCAAAAAUAAAUUCUCAUCUCCUCCUAUUUCCAGUGUUUGGAGGAUGCUUACUUAGCCAAAGGUACACCACACAAACACAAGAGGGAAGUACCAUCAGGCUUAGGGGGAACCCCAAGGUUUAUAGAAGUACAACAAAUCUUUAGGGGGGAAAUACCCCAAUGAGAUACCCCCCCCCCAAAAAAAACCCAGCUAGAUGAGGCUGAGCGAACUCAGUGACCACAAAAUGCUAACUUGAUUAUUGGGUGGUAGGGGUAGGGAAUGGGAUAGAUUAUUAUGGAGGACUGAAACAUUCCAUGUUGCAACAUUGUGUUGCAGAUCUUCCUGGUUUAAUGGCUGAAGGCACAGUGCAAAAAAGGUAAGCUUUCACUCAUGCCUGCCAUCGGUGAAAGACAGGAGGAGAGAUAAUGCCUACCAAAUCUUCAGGGAGAGUUUUUCUAGGAUACUGCAUUCACAGUAUCCAGAGUAGAGCUGUAUUGGUGGGAUCAUAGUGCUCACAGGUGGGAAGGGAGGGUGUUCCUAUGGAAGAACUGAGAACAAAAGUCUGUUAACAGCCCUUGCCCAAAGGGCAACAUGUUCCUUUGGUCAGCACCAGCGCUUGAUGCAGUUGGGCUCAAGAAUAUUGGAGGGGCCUGCUCAGUCAAGCCUUUAGGCAUCCAGUGCAAUUCCUAAUCCUGCUGCUCAAGAGGAUGGAUUAAAACUGGGACAAAGCCCUAUGAGGAGAGACUGAAAGGACUGGGCAUGUUAGCCUUGAGGAAAGAAGACUGAGGGGAGAUAUGAUAGCCCCAUUCAAGUACUUGAAAGGGUGUCACACACAGGAGGUCCAGGAUCCCUGCAGGAUCAUCCCAGAGUGCAGGACACGGAAUAAUGGGCUCAAGUUACGGGAAGCCAGAUUUCGGGUGAAUAUCAGGAAAACAUCCUAACUUAGAGCGGUACGGCAAUGGAACCAAUGACUUAGGGAGGUGGUGGGCUCCCCAACACGAGGCAUUCAAGAGGCAGCUGGACAGGCACAUGUCGGGUAUGCUUUAACCUUGGAUUCUUGCAAUGAGCAAGGGGUUGGACUCAAUGGCCUUAUAGGCCCCUUCCAACUCUACUUGUGCUGCCUCCGCAGGGUUAGAAUUGAAUAUAGAGAUAUUCCUUCUGUUGUGUUAAAUAAGGCAUUUAUUAGGUUAAGUUAUGGAACUUUAGAGGGCUGUCUCUAUGCUCCCUUAGCCUCAUAGUAACUUCCUGUCAGGUGACAUCACCCCUCUCUUUAAUUGGUUAGUUAUUUUUUCCCUCCAAAAACCUGCCUCAGUUUGUUUCAGUCAUCAGUGAAACUAGCAGCAGGCCUAGUAGCACCAGAGGACAACACUCCUUUUUUAUCUAUCUCCCUCUCAGAAGCUAUCUCUCUCUCAGAAGAUACUUCUCUACCAGAAUUGCCUCUUCCAGAAGCUUCUUUCUCAGAAGGUAACUCUCCUCCAUUUAAUCUAUCUCAUCAACAAUCCUACAAUAUAAUUUACCUGCUACCAAUCUUCUUCAUCAUCAUCACCCUCCUCAGUUCAUCAUCCCCAGAGACUGUAUGCUUUCCUUUAAGUUU